AUGGCUGACCCGCUUACUGCCCUCGGCCUCGCUUCCAACGUCGUCCAGUUCAUCAACUUUGCCAACGCUCUGAUCGACACGCCUGACGAAUCCUACCGCAAAGACCCGCUGAUUACAUACUCCGUGCUGGACACCGUCACCAAGAGUCUCGUGCGUCUCAACGAUGGAAUCAAAUUCACUGUCACUCGCUACCGCGAAAAGGAGGAGGUGGAAAGUAGACACCAGCGGGUGAAGCAGCGAUUGAAGCAUUCAAAGCCCGCAGACAAGCCCGUCGAGACGCCCGAGGAUCAACGGGAGCGGCUGCACCAAGAGAAUUUGAUCGAGAUCGAGGAGCAUCUCUCCAAUUUGUCCAGCGAUUGCAAUAGUCGUGCCCAGGAGCUUCUGGGCGCACUGUCCGAUUUGAAGUCCAAGUCCAAAGACACGGGGACAACAUGGCCGACAUUUCGCCAUGCUCUACUCACCAUCUGGAACGACGAGGAUGUAAAUGCACACACCAAAAACCUCAAGCAAUCCCAGGAUAUGCUAGGGCAGAUCAUGCUGGGCUCACUGCGGGAGUUUGUGCACUUUCACAACAUCACCUACCAGAAGCUCCUCGACGACCUUGUUGCUCGCAUAGAGAAGGACGAGUUGCGUAUUAAGGAACGCAUCGAUGAACUCAGCAAGGACCAGAGCGGCCAGCUUCAGGACCCAGCAAAGCUGGACUCGUUGAAGAAGCAACAGGACGAGAUGUCAGAAAAGCAUCACUUCCAGAGGGAGGUUCUCGAGAUCUUCGUCCGGACUGAAAGCAAGCAAGACCCCACUUCUUUCUCAUCCUUGCUUGCAGAAACUGCAGGAAAGCAGAGAGACGAGAUUUUUGAGAGACAAAUUGUGCAAACGCUGAGAUUUCACGAUAUGAGAAGCCGAUAUCGAGAAAUCUCCAAAGCGCACAAGGAGACUUUCGAAUGGGUGUUUGUGGGAACUGAUCAUGUCAAAAACACAAACGGUGUCGAUCGUGGUCAGACAGAAUUCUCUGCACCACUCAGAGCCAAGCCUCUUGCGCAACAUGAUUCGCACAUGGCAUCAGCAAAGGAAUCUGUGGACCAAGGCCUAACCACCACGGACGGCGGGAAUCCGAAGAGAGGCUGGUGGAGCACCCUCCUUCACCGGAGGUUCUCGGACAAAAACGACCGGUCUCCGGAUUGGGACAAUUACCGGAAUUGGCUCGAAGGAAACGACCCCCUCUAUUGGAUUAAGGGAAAGCCCGGGGCUGGUAAAUCCACACUAAUGAAGCUUCUCCAUGAUGACGAACGUCUGAAAAGUUAUCUUCAGACGUGGCGUGGCGACUCGGAGUUGGUCAUCAUGGGGUUCUUCUUCUGGAAUUCCGGAGAAAUCAUGCAGAUGUCCAAGGAAGGCCUGUUGCGCGCGCUGCUAUACCAGGCUGUUGAGGAGCGUCAUGCUCUCAUACCCACACUUUUUCCAACCAGGUGGGCAUAUAGCACUUUAUUCGGUCCUGAUCACCGCCAGUGGACCGUGCCAGAGCUGGAAAACGCUUUCAAAAUCCUGGUAUCGGACGAAUCCAGAAAGUAUUUCAUCAUGAUCGACGGCCUGGAUGAAUACGAUGGAGACCCUGGAACUCUGGUUGAAUUCCUGUUGGAAUGCUGCAAGAACGGUUCGCACGUCAAGAUGUGCGCUUCGAGCCGGCCGUUGGACGUAUUCGAAACGGCGUUUCGAGGCCAACCCUCACUCUCGUUGGAGCGACUGACAGAAACCGACAUUGAAAUGUACGCCAAGGAACAGCUCUCAGGAAACAAGUUGUUCCACAGGCUGCAGAUCAAGGAGCCGGCUAAGAUUGAUCAACUCAUCCACUCAAUUGCUGAAAAGGCAAACGGCAGCUUUUUGUGGGUUCAAAUCGUCACGGCAUCUUUGUUUGAGAGUCUCCAGGAGAGCGACGACGCCAAUCAGUUGCAAGAGCGUCUUCAAAAAUACCCACCAGGACUAGAUGAGCUGUUUGACAUGACUUGGUCCCGGAUCAAGGAAGAAAGCUUUGAGCAAUCCUCUCGAAUAUUUCGGUUGAUCCAAACAGCUGAAGCUCCAAUGUCUCUGCUAUCCAUACACUAUGCCAAUGAGGGACCCGACAAAGCCUUGGAAGACGACUUCAGACCCUUGACACCCGCGGAACUGGACGCCAUAGCUGGUCAAACGCGGCAGAAGUUGCAUGGCCUUUGUGGCAACAUGCUGGAUGCGCCAUCUUUUGACCAAAACGGUGCUUGGUCCACUGUUCAGUACAUACACCGGUCCGUGAAGGACUUCCUUGAGAGUAAGGCUACACGGGAGUCUAUUCGAUGCGGCUCGGCAGAAUCGGAGUACGAAAUCAAGCUAGCGCUCUGUACUGGAUACCUCCGCAGCCUAAAGAAGACCCCUCCGUCGCUGGCACCACCUUUUGAGGGAUUUCAGCACCUCGCCACACAGUGUCUCAAUUUCUCUAAGGCCGUCGAAGCAGAGGACAUGAAGGAAAACCUCGCCAUUCUCACUCAACUUGACCGAGCUGCUGCCAACCUCGUUGGUCCGAAGAACCCACAGCACGAACAGUGGCGCAAACGUAUUCAAUCCUGCGUUCCACUCGUCUGCGCCCCGCAUUGGACCAAUGCCUGCCCGCAGCGCACUGGUUCCUCAACCUUCUUUGACUUUGCCUUCCUGGCCGGCUUCUACUCGUACGUUGAGAAUGCGCUGCGCGAGGGAGAGCGCGGCGAGGCAAAUAAUUUGCUCGCUAUGGCCGUGAAGGAUGAUCGCAUCGAUACUAAGUUCGUUAGCUUGCUACUCGAUCACGAUGCCGACCCGAAUUCAACCAGUGGCGGGACCAGCUUCAAGACACCCUGGUACCUCCUGCUCUCCAAUAUGUCAACUGGCAUCGAAGAGCAGUCUAACCUCAACGACGAGGAGCGCAUCCGACUCGGCCGCCUGGCGCAGCUCUUUCUGGCGCAUAGAGCGGACCCGUUUGUCACAGUGCGAGGCAGGUCUGCAGAGGAGAUUUUAGAGAAGGUAGUCGGAAAGGCAAGCCAAGCGCUUGCGGAGAAGAUUGUGACCGCUUUGGAGCAGUCGCGACGGGACAACCCGCAGAUGAAGCCAAAGAAGAGUAAGAUCCAGAAGUUGAAGCUGUUUUUGCGGUCUUGA